UAUUUUUUAUUGGUGGAGACUAAAACUUAGUUCUGCGAGUGCGACACACAUUUCACUCAUCUUAAGCGCGAACUCAAGCUCAGUUCUUCUGCUCCACUCUCGUCACCACCUUGGAACUCAAGCGCGAGAAGAACUUGCUCUGAGCUCCGAGAAAAUGUCCAUCGGAGUCCGUCGCUUAACAUUGCUGGGUGAGUUCAAGCCAUUUGGCCUCAUUGCCGAAGCCCUCGAUGGCAAGCCCCCCGACACCGUCACCGACAAGUACGAUUACUUCCUCUUCGAUCCCGAAAUCGCUCGAGACCGAGACGCCGACGACGAUUGCGCCGACAUCGCUUCUGCUCCGAGCAAUCGUGGCGAUCACGAGCUUUUCAUCCGAGGCAAUCGGAUUAUUUGGUCGACGGGUGCGAGAGUAUUUAAGAGAUUUACCCUGUCAUCUGACAUCGUUAAGGUGUGCUGGUGUCGUCUUGGUUAUACAGCUGAAGCUCUUCUGUGUAUAUUACAAAAUGAUUGUUUGACUAUCUAUAAUACAUCUGGUGAAGUAGUAUCACUUCCAUUUCCUCACACAAUUACAUCUAUAUGGCCUCUUCCUUUUGGUUUAUUACUCCAGCAAGAAGUUGAAGCAAAUAUACCGUCACAUGUUCCUUUUUCAUCUACAAGCCCUUUGCUUAAUACACGUGAUAUGCUGCAUAGUGCAUCUAAUCAUAUCCAAAAGGGGGAGGGUACUUCGGUAUCCUCUCAUCUCAUUUUGAUGGAUCCACUGGAUGAACUUCGACCAACUUUUAUUGAAGAAAGAGGGAAAUUGAACAUGAUGAAGGAAUACGAUGAAAAGACAAUUUGGACAAGUGAUCAGGUCCCAGUUAUGGCAUCCUAUAAUAAAGGAAAGAUGCAGCACUCAUUGUGGGUUGCAGAAAUUGUCAACUCUAACAUUGAUGAGGAUCUGGCCACUAGUUUAUUACAUAUAGAUCCCAUGAGUGUAUUGCCAAAACAUUUGUCCUUCUGUAAAAUAUGGCAGGGUAAAGGUGCUCAGACAGCUGCUUGUAAGGUCUUUUUGGCCACUGAUGAUGAUGCAGCUCCUGUUGUCUGCUUUUUCCACCAAGAACAAAGAAAGUUGUUGUCUGUUAGUCUUCAGAUUGUUGAAAUAAAUAAUGAGAUUGUGUUUGAUGUUAAACCUGAUAUGAGCUGGAACAUAUCUGCAAUUGCAGCUUCACCUGUGAUGGUAACCCGCCCAAGGGUCAAAGUAGGACUACUUCCAUAUUCAGACAUAAUGGUUUUGGCUCCAGAAAAUGUUCUGCUUCUCUAUUCUGGGAAACAAUGCCUGUGCAAAUAUGUGCUACCUUGCUUAAAUAAAGAUAAGAUUUUGCAUGAUUUGGAGCUUUCAGAAGAAUCUCCUCUUCCCAAUGACUUAAAGAUUACAGGCCUGGCUGAUGCAGUUGAGGGGCGAGUCAAUGUGAUAGUAAAUCAUAGGCAGAUCUUCAGAUGUGCAUUACGACAAAGUCCUUCAUCAGCAUUAGCUAAUGAUUGCAUCACAGCACUUGCUGAGGGGCUUCGUUCUAGUUUUUACAGACAUCUUCUUGGUCUUCUCUGGAAAGAUGGUGAUCCAGCUCAUCUGUCAGAUGCUGAAUCUAUUGUUGAUUCAGAAUGGGACUCUUUUUGUCAUGUAAUUAUGCAAAUCUGCAGAAAAUAUAAAAUUAUAUGUCAAAAGCAUUCUGAUUCAGUGCCACAUUCUGCUUGGGACUUCCUUGUUAGUAGCCAAUUUCAUUAUAAUUUUUGCAAAGUAAACUCCAUGUUCGGAAUACCUUAUGCAGUGUCACUUGAUCAACGGGGAUUAAAUUUCCAAAGGUCAUCUGUAGAUGGUGCACAAAAUUCUGGCAAGCCAUUUUAUACUGAUCUGUUAAGGGAAAGUCUGGAAUCUCUUCAUGGGCUCUAUGAAAGCCUGAAACUUGAUAAUCUCCGCAAAAGGGACUUGGAGCUUCUUUCAAUUCUCUUAUGCAACAUUGCUGAAUUUCUGGCUGAGGACAACUACUUGGACCAUUAUAUUCGUGAUUUCCCUGGCCUCUGUAAAAAGUUUCUGAAGUCUGGUGGAAUCACCAUUUUGCCUAAAAUUUGUCCAAGUUUAUUCAGAUGGUUUGAAAAUUGCUUGCAAUAUGGAUGUAGUUAUGCUAAUAUUAAUGAUCUUCCAGCUUUAGUCUGUAAAGAAGGAAAUUCUGUGGUUAGCAUAGCCCGGAAAGUAGUUUGCUUUUAUAGCAUAUUAUCUGGUGCCAAAUUGCUGGGAAAGAAACUGUCUACUGGUGUUUACUGUAACAUUACUGUGGGAUCACAUUCUUCAAAGGAGGAGCUUACUGUUUUAGCAAUGGUUGGUGAAAGAUUUGGACUUCAACAGCUGGACUCACUACCUUCUGGUGUAUCUCUUCCACUUCGUCAUGCAUUAGAUAAGUGUCGAGAUUCACCUCCCAAUGACUGGCCAGCUGCUGCUUAUGUACUUCUUGGCCGACAAGAUUUGGCAAUGUCAGCUUUGGCUCGUGAAUGCAAAUAUAGGGGCAUUGAAACACCAACCAAUGUGAAUGUUAUAUCUAUGUCCACACCUUAUAUGUUAAAUCUGCAUCCAGUGACAAUAUCUUCUACUAUUUCUGAUGCAAUUGGAUUGGAAGGAACAAAGUUUGAGGAUACAGAUUCAGUUGAUGGGUCUAUGACUGAUGGUAUGGAGCAUAUAUUCAACUCAAGCACACAGUUGCGUUAUGGUCGUGAUCUUAGAUUGAAUGAGGUUAGACGCCUUUUGUGCUCUUCAAGACCUGUGGCAAUUCAAACAUCCGCUAACCAUAGUGCUUCUGAUCAGGACCUCCAGCAGGCUCAAUUGUGGCACCUUGCACAAAGGACCACUUCACUUCCUCUUGGACGCGGGGCAUUUACCCUUGCAACCAUAUAUACACUCUUAACUGAGGCUUUUACUGUUCCAAAGCUUGUAUUAGCGGGCCGAUUGCCAGCCCAACAGAAUGCUACUGUUAACCUUGAUCCAAACAUCAGGAACAUACAAGAACUCAGGUCGUGGCCUGAGUUUCAUAAUGCUGUUGCUGCUGGACUUAGACUAGCCCCUCUCCAGGGAAGAAUGUCAAGAACUUGGAUUUUGUAUAACAAACCUGAGGAGCCAAAUUCUGUUCACGCUGGACUUCUACUUGCACUAGGAUUGCAUGGAUAUCUGCGUGUAUUAGCUGUUACUGACAUCUACCAAUAUUUUUCUCAGGAGCAUGAAAGUACUACUGUGGGAUUAAUGCUUGGCCUUGCUGCUUCUUAUGGAAGCACUAUGCAUCCUGCUAUAUCAAAGACACUUUAUUUUCAUAUUCCUGUACGACAUCCAUCUUCCUAUCCAGAGUUAGAGGUUCCAACCUUGCUCCAGUCAGCUGCUUUAAUGUCUUUGGGGAUUUUAUAUGAAGGUUCAGCUCACCCACAAACAAUGCAGGUUUUAUUGGGUGAAAUUGGGCGCCGAAGUGGAGGUGAUAAUGUUCUUGAGCGAGAGGGUCAUGCUGUUUCUGCAGGAUUUGCACUGGGUCUUGUUGCACUGGGACGGGGAGAAGAUGCACUUGGUUUCAUUGACACAUUUGUGAAUCGUCUGUUUCUCUAUAUCGGUGACAAAGUACACAAUGAGAGAUCUCAUUUUUCGACAGUCUCAAUGGACGAAAGUCGUGGAUCUGCACAGGUUCAGAGAAUUCAAUUUAUGAUGGAUGGGACAACAGUCAAUAUUGAUGUCACUGCACCUGGAGCCAUCAUCGCCAUUGCUUUGAUGUUUAUGAAGACAGAAUCUGAGGCUAUUGUGUCUAGGCUCUCAAUUCCCAAUACAGGUUUUGAUUUGCAAUAUGUGAGGCCUGACUUUAUAAUGCUUAGAGUCAUUGCUCGAAAUUUAAUAAUGUGGAGCAGGGUUAAUCCCUCAAAAGAUUGGGUUUGGUCCCAAAUUCCUGAGAUUGUCAGAUGUGCUGUAGAAGGGAUUGGAGGUGAUGACAAUGAUAUUGAUGAUAUGGAUGCUGAGGCUUUUAUACAGGCCUAUGUUAAUAUAAUAACUGGAGCUUGUAUAUCACUUGGACUGAUGUUUGCUGGCACAAGAAAUGAAAAUGCACAGGAAUUACUUUAUGAAUUUUCUAUUUACUUUCUUAAUGAGAUGAAGCCUGUUUCUCCUACAUGUGGAAAGGUUUUCCCAAAGGGACUGUCUCGCUACAUUGAUCGGGGCACAUUGGAAACAUGCCUUCACCUUAUUGUUCUUUCUCUAUCUGUGGUUAUGGCUGGGUCUGGACAUUUACAAACCUUUCGGUUGUUGAGAUUCCUAAGGAGCAGAAAUUGUGCAGAUGGGCAGCCAAGUUAUGGUAUUCAGAUGGCAGUAAGCUUAGCUAUUGGUUUCUUGUUUCUUGGUGGUGGAAUGAGAACGUUUUCGACAAACAACCAUUCCAUUGCUGCUUUGCUAAUUACUCUAUAUCCACGCUUGCCAACUGGUCCAAAUGAUAACAGAUGCCACCUUCAGGCAUUUCGCCAUCUCUAUGUCCUUGCGACAGAGGCACGAUGGAUUCAAACAGUUGAUGUUGACACAGGUCUGCCUGUUUAUGCUCCUCUUGAGGUCACAGUCAAAGAAACUGAGCACUAUGCAGAAUCCAGCUUUUGCGAGGUCACCCCUUGCCUUCUGCCAGAACGUUCAAUUUUGAAAAGAAUACGUGUUUGUGGACCUCGCUACUGGCCUCAAGUAAUAGACUUUACACCUGAAGAUAAACUUUGGUGGAAUUUUGGAGACAAGAAUAGUCCAUUUAAUUCUGGUAUUCUUUUCAUCAAAAGAAAGGUUGGAGCUUGUUCAUAUGUUGAUGAUCCCAUUGGGUGCCAGUCACUGCUGUCACGGGCAAUGCACAAGGUGUUCGGCCUGACAAGUUUGAAAGCAUCUGAUACAAUCACGGACAUUCGUAGUGGGUCUGGUUCUAUCACAGUUGAUCAGUUGGUUGGUACCUUCUCAUCUGAUCCUAGUUUGAUUGCUUUUGCACAACUCUGCUGUGACCCCUCUUGGUAUAAUAGAUCUGAUGUUGAUUUCAAGGAAUUCUGCUUGCAAGUAUUAUUUGAGUGUGUAACCAAGGAUAGACCAGCUCUUUUACAGGUAUAUUUGUCAUUAUACACAACUGUUGAAUCGAUGGCUGAACAAGUUACUAACGGCGCCAUUGUUUUUGGUGACUCACUCUCUAUAUCUGGUUUUAAGCUUGCACUGACAUAUAUUGAGGCAUUGAUGACUGGAAAAUUAUCUGCUCCAAAAGGAGGAAUUGUACAAUCAACAUUUGUUGGUUCACUUCGGAAGCAGGUAGAAGAGCUCUUAAAUUGUUCCCAGGAAUUGAAGGAUGAUUUUCAUAACUACUUGAAAUUGGGAAAAUGGCCUGAUGGAGAAUCCCAAGAUAAACGUUCCAUACUUCUUUCUUGGUUCCUUCAGUGGUUUGAUGUGCCAUCUUCAUCUGCAAUUAGGACAGCUGCUGAUAGAGUCAAACAUAAGCUUAUGUCGUCAUCUUCAGUUCCCUUGUUGCGUCUGUUUUUUCCAAGAACUCACAUUCACGUGAUCAGCGAGAUAGAUAGAUGUUUGUCAUGAUUGUAUAUCAGCUGUAAUCUUUUGACUUUACAAAUACUAAUGUAUAGCAGUCUUCACAUCUGUGUAGCUGUGAAAGCAUUUUAGCUCAUACAAGUUUAUCCCUUCGCAUACUUUCCUGUUCCACAAACCAAAUUGGCAUUGAGAUUUGAGAGUAUGUCCCUGGAAACCGGGCACACAUGUGUAUAUACAGCUGAUCUCUUGUUUACUUGUUUGUAUAGCCAUGCAUGCGUCCGUGGAACUGCUUUGGGCGAGUACAAGCAAGUCGUGAUGAUUCUGAUGAACACUAGUUGCUUCUAUAGCCGGUACAAACAACUCGACUUUUUUUUCAUGUUUCUUAUCUAUCAAUUUGGUAUCAUUGCAUUUCAACUAUUGAAUUUUGCAUCCAAACUUAUACAAGUAAUUCAAUAGCCCGUAAUAUACUAAUUUA